AUGGAACUUCCAUCGGAAACAAUGAGUGCUGGCCUUUUCCACGAUCAAUCUUCAAGUAAAUCUCAAAUUCUCGAAAACCAAUCACUUUUCGAUCAAAAUCUCGAAACCCCAUCACCGGAAGCUGUAGUUUCACCGGAAAACAACCGCCGUGGUGUUCUGGAAGGCAUUGCCGCGGUGGUCGGAGAACAUGUUCUGUUCGGAAAUAGUAUGGCGACGGCCGGAGAUGAUAACGAAGAAUCAAAGGACAAACCGGUGAAAAGUGGUGGUGAUGGUGGUGGUGUAGAGAAGAGGUACAGAGGGGUGAGAAAGAGGCCGUGGGGACGGUGGUCGGCGGAGAUACGUGAUAGGAUAGGUCGAUGCCGGCACUGGUUGGGGACGUUUGACACGGCGCAGGAAGCGGCGCGUGCGUACGACGCAGCAGCUCGCCGGAUGAGAGGAGCAAAUGCAAGGACCAAUUUCGAGAUACCGUCGGUGUUUCCGAUUCCGGCCACGUUACCUACAUCUUCGCCGUCGUCGGAAUCUAAAAAAAGGAAGGCAGGUGGUGAGAAUAAGUGCAACGCAGUGACGUCGGUGGCUCAGUUGUUCAGUAACACCGGCCGGAAAACUAUGAAGAUAACCGGAGUUACGAGAAGCUCAAUAUGA